UUAAGGCCGGGCCGCGCGCCUCCCCUCGGGCGCUGCCUGCGCGGUCACCGCCACCGCCACCUCCUGAGCGCCGGACCAGGUGUCCGGGUAAAUGGAGAAAGAACACUGAGGGGUAUGUGUUUGGAACAGUUAGAAUGUUCGGAAGAACCAACUGGAAAAAAAAGAAAAAAAAAAAUGAAGUUCCUUUUCUUCACAUUUGUUGUCGUCGUUCACCUUUUUUGCCUGAGCUCUGGGAAAGCUAUAUACAGAAAUGAUGUCUCUCAGAGCGCUUUUCAAGAAAUAAAAGAAGAAAUAGCCAGCUAUGGAGAUGUUGCUAAAGCCAUCAUCAACCAUGCUGUUUAUGGUAAGGCCCAGAACAGAUCCUAUGAGCGAUUGGCACUUCUGGUUUAUGCUGUUGGACCCAGACUAAGCGGCUCCAAGAACCUAGAAAAAGCCAUCCAAAUCAUGUACCAAAACUUACGGGAAGAUGGGCUGGAGAAUGUCCACCUGGAGCCAGUCAAAAUACCCCACUGGGAAAGGGGAGAAGAGUCUGCUGUGAUGUUGGAACCGAGAAUUCAAAAGAUGGCUAUUUUGGGCCUUGGCAGUAGCAUUGGGACCCCCCCAGAAGGCAUUACAGCAGAAGUUCUGGUGGUGACCUCUUUCGAUGAACUGCAGAGAAGGGCCCCAGAAGCCAGAGGGAAGAUUGUUGUUUAUAACCAACCUUACGUCAACUACUCGAGCACGGUGCUGUACCGAGUUCGAGGAGCAGUGGAAGCUGCCAGACUGGGGGCUGUGGCAUCCCUCAUCCGAUCAGUGACUCCCUUCUCCAUCUACAGUCCUCACACAGGCAUUCAGGAAUACCAGGAUGGUGUGCCCAAGAUCCCAACGGCCUGCAUUACAGUGGAAGAUGCAGAAAUGAUGUCAGGAAUGGCGUCUUAUGGAGCCAGAAUCAUCAUUCAGCUGAAGAUGGGGGCAAAGAGCUACCCAGAUGCUGAUUCCUUCAACACUGUAGCAGAGAUCAUUGGGAGCAAGUACCCGGAGCAGGUUGUACUUGUCAGUGGACAUCUGGACAGCUGGGAUGUUGGGCAGGGUGCCAUGGAUGAUGGCGGUGGAGCCUUUAUAUCCUGGGAAGCACUCUCACUUAUUAAAGAUCUUGGACUGCGCCCAAAGAGGACUCUGCGCUUGGUGCUCUGGACUGGGGAGGAACAAGGUGGAGUCGGUGCCUUCCAGUAUUACCAGUUACACAAAGCAAAUAUUUCUAACUACAGCCUGGUGAUGGAGUCAGACUCGGGAACCUUCUUACCUUCUGGACUGCAAUUCACUGGCAGUGACAAGGCCAGGGCCAUCAUGGAGGAGGUCAUGCGUCUGCUGCAGCCCAUCAAUAUCACACAGGUCUUUAGGAAUGGAGAAGGCACAGACAUUAACUACUGGAUCCAAGAUGGAGUGCCAGACCCAGUAGAAAGAAUUAUUGGGAGGAUACUUGAAUAUCUCAAGAAACGUUGGCGAAGAUUCACAGGUGCCAGUCUUCUUGAUGACCUAUAUAAAUAUUUCUCCUUCCAUCACUCCCAUGGAGACACCAUGACUGUCAUGGAUCCAAAGGAGAUGAAUGUUGCCGCUGCUCUUUGGGCUGUUGUCUCUUACGUCGUUGCAGACAUGGAAGAAAUGCUGCCCAGAUCCUAGCAAGAGCAAGAAAGAAGGCAUGUUGUUUCUUUCCAGCUAGGAGUCUUCAGCCUGCAGAUUCAGGAAGCCCAUCCUCACCUAACAAUCUAAUCUCAUUUGUCUUCAAAGCAUGACUAUUUUUCAGAUUUCUGUUACUAUCUUUCUUAAUAUUUUCUGAAUUGUCUAGAAUAAGAAAUGAUUCCUGCCUCCGCUUAUAAUCAGCAAAUGAUAGGGAUCACAGUGGGGGCAUUUCUUUAUACCACCUGUGAAAAAUAAUCUUCCUAUUUUGCAAGUAAGCACUGAAUAAAUUUUUGGAAGACCUUUAAUUUUUAUGUUUAUUUAUUAAAUCAAAUACAGUGACAUCAAUGUUUGUGUUUAAUGUCAUAUAUUGAAGUUGUAAAGGAGCUGCACAAUUGUAGUAUGAUUUUAAUUGAAUGUAUGUAGGAAUUUAGUACAUGUUUAUAUUGCUUCCAUUCUUUAAGAUAUGGAUUUUUUUUUUUUUUUUAAUUAACAGAAAAGUUUUUCACCAAUUGGGGAAAAAUCUAGUAUGUAUAAUCCAAUUGCCUUGUUAAAGAUGAAUACUAGGGUCUGCAAUUAGAUAAAUGAUAAUGCCAUUUUACAUUUCUGUUUUAGAUACUUCACACAACAUCUCUGUGGGUUUGGGGCUUGUUCACAUUUUGCCGAUAAUAAGGUUGAGGCUCAGAUAGACUGAAUAACUCUUCACGGGAUUACAGAGCAAAAACAGUGAUCACCAUCCAAGGCCCUGAAGCAGAGUAUAUCAAGGACAGAUAAGCUAAGAAGGGGUAUUUGCCUAGAGCAGCCUGAGAUAAUGUGGAUUCAUUAUGAUUCAGGAGGGACUGGAUUCAUAAUGAAAAAGCCAAGGUCAUAACUAGGAUGACAAAGACAAGUGUUGAGGCGAGGUGAGGCUGGAAGAAUCAAAGAAGUGUCAGCAGUCAAAAGGGUCUGAGAAAAGAACAGAGAGGGGUGUACCCCUCAGCUCAUGGCAAGCAAUUCAGCACCAAGACUGAACUGCAGAGCAAUGCCUUUGAUGUGGAGCCUACUGUUCUAUAUAGGGGAGAGCUGAUCAUGCAGAGUAGCUAGAGAAAAGGCUUCAUGAUGGGGACAUGGAAGAGUGAGACAAACUAUAAAACAGAAUCAGAUGCAAAUGCUAAAAAAAGUAAAACUACAGUGUCAGUGAUGAUUAAUUUCUUGGCUGGACUUAGCAGACUGGACAAGGCUGAAGAAGGAAUCAGUGAACUUGAAGAUAAAUAAAUAAAAUAUUUUCAGACUGAAAUACUAAAAUAAGAGUUAAAACAAACAACAAAAAAACCCAGAAUGGAAUAUCAAAGAGUUGUGAGACAAUGUCAAAUGGCCUAAUAUACAUGUAAUUGGGUUCCCAGAAGAAAAGUAUCAAUUUUAUUAAUGGUAAUAAUUAAAAUGAUUGAAGGAUACAGUAGGGACUUUUAUUUCUGGCAAGAGAGCUAAUACUCUGACUGACCCUCCCAGUGAAAACAUUUCAGAAACUGAAAACCCUGCCUGAAUGACAUUUUAGAAACACUUUUCUAAAUAUAUUAACGAAUUGGUUAAAAGGUGAAGAGUAAUUAGACAAAAACACUAAGCAAAGGCAUGAAUCGAGAGAUAUGCAGAACAUUAAGUCAGCAUUCUCUUUGAGGAAAGCUGCAGAAUUUGGUGAACUUAAAUUCCAUUUACUGUAUUUUUAGCAAAUAAUGCAUGCGUUCUAAGUUUGUGAACUGCGCUCUCCCCCCACACUUUAAAACCCAAACCAAACCCGUUGCCAUGGAGCCGAUUGAGACGCAUAGUGACCCUAUAGGAGGACAGAGUAGAACUGCCCCAUAGGGUUUCCAAGGAGCUCCAGGUGGAUUCGAAUUGCCGACGUUUUUGUUAGCAGCUUAGCUCUUAAAUCACCAUGCCCACAAGGGCUUCCAAGCACGCUGUAGUAUGCCAAUUUUUUUUUUUUUUUUUACAACAUGUAAAACAAACGUAGAACCGCUUGCGUAAUUUUUGCAAAAAUAGGGUAUACAGCAUUGCAGGGCUUAAGGGACUAAACAAGGUCAAGGGCCUUCCAAAGUUAGGGAUACUACAGAAUCGCAGUAAAAUUGGGACCCUUCAGGGCUAUACCUCCGUACAAUCGUGAACUGGAAAUAACUCCGAGGAAUGCAAGGAAAAUUACCUUUAUUGAGUAAAUGCAGAGUGGAGGUGAAAGACUCACCUGAGAAUUCAUAACCACCAGCCAGACCUCAUGGAAGACUUCUGCUCAAAUUUACUUUACUUUGAUGCCUUAAAAAACCUUCAAUAUGAGGAUUUAGUUUAAUUUGGUCCCAAAUGUACAGUGCUUCCAGGCAGCUGGCAGAAGCAAAAGUAAAUAUUCUCUGGAGAAGCUUUCCUCCCAUCACAGGCUCCAAAGAAGUUCCCACAGAUAAAGUUACAAAAAAUAUGAAUUCUUAGUCGAAAGUAAAACAAAGCAAAACAAUCAUCACCAAACCAACCAAGCAGCAAACAGGAAAACAGGGGACAUAAAUAGCAUUUUGAACAGGAGCAAACCAAAAAAGUGAACAGCAGCAUUAAACCCACAAUGUCCUCUAAUACAGGAAUUUUCAGAUUGAAAAUUUUUUAGAACUCCAGAAAAGAGAAAAUGGGAACAAAUAAAUAUCUGAAGAAAAAAAAAUAAAAAUUUUCCAGAAAUAAUGAAUAUGCUAACCCACAGAAUCAAGACACCCAGUGAAUUCCAAACAAUGAAUGAAAAUAAAUCCUCCCUAAAACAUAGAGGAACUAUAGACCACAAAAGACAAAGAAGAGAUCUUCAAAGCGAGAGAUAAGAGGUGGGUUAACUAAAAAGGAAUAAUAAUUGGACUUCUAAAUAAUAGCAAUUAUGCAAGCCAGAAGACAGUGGAAUGAUAUCUUCAGCAUGCCAACACUUACCAACCUAAAAACUCUUUGCUGAGCAAAAAUAUCUUUCAAGAACAAGGAAAAACUAAGGAUAUUUUCAGAAAAAUGAAAGCUGAGAGAGUUUACCACCAGCAGAUCUUCACUACAGGAAAUUUGAAAAGGUGUACUCCAAGCAGAAUUAAAGGACCCCAGAAUGAAGACUAAUGUACAAGUGAGAAGUUUAGCUCCAGGCCAGAACUCUAUGUCUGAUCUUUCAGGCCCAACUGUAGGUAGUACAAAGGCUUCUCCUGCAAGGCUUCCUGGAGGAAAGCUUCCCUCUUCACACCAGAUUUGGAGGACGUUACAGUCAAGGAGUCAGAUCCCAUCCCAUCCUCCACCCCUUAACAGCCACGCAUAUAUGCACAGCUGCAUUCCUAGACCAGAGCCCUGGUGAUGUAGUGGUUAAGAGCUCAGUUGGCUAACCAGAAGGUCAGUAAUUGGAAUCCACCAGUGGCUUCUUGGAAACCCUAUGGGGCAGUUCUACUUUGUCCUGUAGGGUUGCUCUGAGUUGGAAUUGACUGUACCGCAAAGGGUUUGGCUUUUGGUUUUCAGUAUUCCUAGCCCAGGUUCUUCCAUUCAGAAGCCUCCUUAUUACUUUUUUCCACUCUGGCUCAGCACUUUCCACUCCUAACCUUUCCCUUUCUCCCUUCCCCAAGCCUCUCCGGAUCCAUAAAAUGGCAAGAGACUUUUGUCCAGGGUUCCUCAGCAAUGGGAGGGUUACUGCCAUCAGUGCUGAUCCACCUGGCCCAUCCCAGUGCUGUUCGGUGGGGAAAAGUGGAACACCAGAGAGCUGGUGCCUAUUUUUGCCUCUUGCUUACACUAUAGAACUAAGUGAAUGGAGGAUUGUUACUGUCAGUUUGGCUCAUUGUCCUAAUUGGCCACUUGUGAUAUCAGGAUUGAAUUGUGUCCCCCCAAAAUAUCUGUCAACUUGGCUAGGUCAUGAUUCCCUUGUACAAUUGUAUGAUUGUCUACCAUUUUAUCUUCUGAUGUGAUUUCCCUAUGUGUUGUAAAUCCUUGUGGUGUAAUAAGAUGGAUUAGUGGCAGUUAUACUGAUGAGGUCUGCAAGACCAAAUAGUGUCUUAAGUCAAUCUCUUUUGAGAUAUAAAAGAGAGAAGUGAGCAGAGAGACAUGGGGACCUCAUACCACCAAGAAAGCAGCGACAGGAGCAGAGCACAUCCUUUGGACCUGAGGUUCCUGCACUGAGAUGCUCCCAGACUAAGGGAAGACUAAUGACAGGAACCUUCCUCCAGGGCCGACAGAGAGAGAGGGCUUUCCCUUGGAGCCAGUGUCCUGAAUUCGGAACUCUAGCCUACUGGAGUGUGUGAGAAUAAACUUGUCUUUGUUAAAGCCA